GAUAUCUCCAAAUUUCCUGACUCACAUCAACAGCUCCAAAACUCAACACUUCAGCAUCCGGCGCAUAUUCUCUUCUACCGGAUCACAGACUCAAUUUUUUUGGUUGCCUUCUUUCACACUUCUUGCGCACACAAUGUCAGAAUCAGAAGCUGCCCUCGCGCAGCCAGUCUCGACUGAGCUUCCCUUGCGAACCCAGCCCGACGACUCGACCUUUGACAUCGUCGCGACAUACCGAGACCUCCUCGCCUCCGAUCCUGACCUUACAAAGCCCGUCGCCGCCAUCGAAUCUCUCAUCGCCCUCCUCAACACCGUCCCCUCAACCACCGUAUACGAAACCCUCGACACCGUCAAGUCCCAUUCCGACCUCCUCAUUGCCUCUGUUGAGAACCCGCUACCCCUCCAGGCGGGAACAGAUCUCUUCCUCCAGUACCUCGUCGCUUCGCUGAAGCAGCAAGACGGCAGCUUCGACGCUGUACGGCAGCACCUGUUGCGCAAUGGACGCCUGUUUGCGAGUAGGGCCAUCGCAGCCAGGAAUGGCAUUGCGGAAGCGGGGUGGAGAUUCGUCCGGGAAGGCAAGUGCGUGCUGACGCAUGGAGCUUCGCGAUCGGUCACCGGGCUGCUGGAGCGAGCGGCCAAGAACAGCGAGGGCAAGUUUAGGGUGGUUUACGUGCGGGACGAAGUGCGUGCCGAGGAGAGCGAUCGCGUGGUCAAGGAGCUGCGGAGCAAGGGAAUUCCCGUGGCAGAGAUUCCUGAGGCUGCGGUGGCGCAUGUCAUGGGCUUGCUGCGACAGGUUCACAUGGUGUUUACGGGUGCCGAAGCUGUGACGCAGAAUGGUGGCAUCAUCUCGCGGAUCGGAACAUAUCAGAUCGCCAAGCUGGCGGCACAGGCCAAGAUUCCCUUCUAUGUCGCUGCUGAGACACACAAGUUUGUGCGCAAGUUUCCUCUGGAUCAAAGGGAUAUUGGCUACCAGCAGGAGGUGUUGGACUUUUCAGCUACGGCACCAAGCAAGCAGCCCAAGGAUGCUGUCGACUACACGCCCCCGGAAUUGAUCUCCAACCUGGUAACGGAAAAUGGUGUUCAUCUGCCCGGAUACGUAUUUGAGCAGCUCCUCGAUAUAUACGGUAGCUUGAACGGCUGAGAAGCGCAAAAGAAUUGAAGAAUUUCCAAACUUGAUUAACCGAUACAAUGCACCCAGAGCACGGGCCAACGAUGGCUGUCAAUGCGCAAGUUUCAGUGAACGUACCUAUGGAUGUAUGAAUUGGACUUUGUUGCCGCAUCGGCAUCCGCCGUAUGUGCUAUGUGACGACGUGGGUUUGGGGACAUGAGUAUUCAAUGCUUUCUUGAUAUCUCUGUUGUGACAAGAACACAAACAUCGGUUAGUCGAAAUACUUGAGAGAAUACUUGGUAGCUACCCUAUGCUUCGAGUUAGAUGCCUGCUCCUAUCAAUGCUAUUUCGUUUCGCAAUCUGUUACAUGAACCGAUAAGGAAUCCUUCGCAAUAGGAUCCCGGGUGUUUGCAUAUGCGUCAUACACCAGCGGUAUUACUAUGCCAAAGUGGGUUCUCCUAGAGUUGGUAGAGAAUCAUCAAUAUCCGCUAUCACUGAAAGUUCCC